AUGAAUAAUUUAGUUGGGGGAAUCCAGAAGUAUAAGAUAUCCUAAAUGAACUCUGAGCUCCCAUUCAUUUAGAAUAGAAAAUAAAUAAGAGCCAUAUCUCUACAACAAAUCUUUGAUAAAGUUUAAUCAAAUUGUCUAUAAAUUGAAUUUAAUCCCCAAAACCUCGCUAAUCUUAAACCUGCUCAUAAGAUUUCAUCAAAUCAUUUGAACUAUGAUAAUCAUCCAUAAACUGAAAGAUCGGAUACGAAAUUAAGAUCUCAAUCAAUGACAAAUCGAUUAUAGAGAUCAAAAGGAAGUGAAACAAUACUUUCUUAAGUGGAUUCAAAGAAUACAGGCAAUAAAAAAUACACAUAUGGCUCAAACAACUCAGAUUCUAUUCAAAAAUAAAGAAUUCAUUUAAAAAAAUUUGAUAACAACAAAUAACUCCGUAACGAUAGAAUCACCUCUUUUUUUUAACUCAAAAUGAAUAAAUAAAAUGAUAGUGAUUAAAAAUUUAAUAACUUAAUGCAUUCAACAAAUAAUUUGUUAAGUCAAAUAAGUGAAAGAACCAAUCUUAAAAAAAUACACCUAAAUAAAUAAAAUGAUAUCGAUACUAUUAAUCCUGCUGGUCCAUUACUUAGUUUCAGAUAAUUUGCCAAAUUAUAGGGAUUUAAAUUACCUUCAUUUUUGCAUAUGUGA